AUGUCUGAUUAUUAGAUUAAAUAUUAAGAAAUAAAAGGGAGUCUAGCACUUCUAUUGUAAUAAAAUCAUAUCCUCAAAUAAUAACUCAAAGAAGCAAGUCAGGAAGUACAAGAAAAAUAAUAUUUAAAAGAAGAAUGGGCAUAAGAAGUAUAAAAAAUAUAAGAAACUAUACAUCAAUUAUCUUAUGAUAACCAAAGUAAAAAUGAAAUUGAUAUUAGAUUUAUAGCAAGAAAAUGAGUAAUUAAUUAGGGAUUAUUAAGAGUCUUCAUUUCUUAAUGAAUAAUAAAUUGAAUAGAUAACAAUUCUUAAAUAAUAAAAUGAAAAACUCUUAAUCUAAUUGGAUGAGAGUAAAUAAUAAAAUUUGUAAAAGGAUAUAACUAUAAAAUAAUAGAGAGAUGAAUUUAAUAAAUAAUUAGAAAAAUAACAAUCAUUACAUUAUGAUGAAAUCAAAAAGUUAUAAGGUAUAAUUGACAAUUAAAGUGGAUUAAUUUAAUCUUAUGAAAAAUUGAAUGAAAUUGAAAAAGUAGAUACUUAAAAUUCAUUUUAUUAAUAAUAAAUGGUAGUUGAAGAUUAGAUGAUGGAAUUAAAAAAUAGAAAUAUAAUAUUAACAAAUAAAAUCAAUGAAGAGAAAUUGAAGUAUGAUUAGUUAUAUGAAUAACACAAAGAUGAGGUUAUGAAAUUAUAAGGUGUAAUUAAAGAUUAGAAGGAACUACUUUCUCAAUAUGAAAGAAUAAUUGAAAGAGAUAAAAAUUAAAUGUAACCUUAAAAUGAGAAAAAUAUACCUUAUAUCCAAUCAUAGAUAAUUCCAUAAUAAAUAGUAACACCAUAUUAAUAAAAAUAAUAAUCAUUUUAACCAUAAUAAUAAUAGGUAUUGACUACACCCUUAUAAUAUGAAUAAUAUAUUUAGCCUUAAUUAUCUAUCUAAUAGACUACAUAUACAUAACCUUCAUAUACAUAACCUAUGAAUAAAAAUAUAAUCUAUACUUAACCUAUUUCACAUAGAUAACCAAAAACCUUUUUUACGAAUAAUAAAAUUAAUCAUUAACUAUAAUAGUAAUAAUUAAAGGAAACAAAGAAUUAAAGAGAAUAUACCAUUUAAAAAAAUAGUUUCCAUUUAGAUGAAGGAGAUGAUUGUUAAAGAUCUGAUCGAGAAUUUUAAGAAUAAUUUUUAUAUAAAUUUUAAAAUGUUAUAGGAAGAAUGGAAGAUAAACUACAAUAAAUGUAGAGUGAACUUAAUAUUUCAGAUGUUUCUGAUAAACCAAGAAAACUAAAAUGA